ACACCUUGUAUACGCACCAAAUGUAUAUGUUGUUACGCUACUGGCUCCGUUUAGAAUCUGAAUCCGAAUUUCGAUCACUUUUUCAACUUGAACCUUGAUGAUUAUCAAACAUAUAUAAAUGAUCAAAAACACCGCGACUGGUUCUGACAGUCAUACCCCAACAUCCAACAUAAUCGCACAAGACCAGAAAACAAAAAAUGUCGACCUUACCGCGUGAGAUCAGUGACCUUCUAGAAACCUCGCUAGGCCAAAAAAUCACCGAUUACCACAUAAGCCUAGGCGAAGGCAACAGCAAAGGCAUGGGAUUCGUGAGCGAGCUCCUCUUUGUCGACCUCACCCACAAAUCAACACGAGAACAGCUCAACCUGGUCAUCAAGCAGGCUUUGCCCACAGGCGGCGCCAAUUCCAUGCGCAUGAUGCGGUGCGCCUUCGCCAACGAGAUUCGUUUCUACCAGACUUGCUGGCCGACCUUGACCAGAUUCCAAGAGAGCUAUCCUCAAGCCAAACCGUUCCAAGGCAUCGCCAAGUUCUACGGCGCAGCUAAGGAAGUCGAGAAGGAGAAGCUGGUGCUGGAGAACCUCAAGCCACGAGGUUUCACGAUGUAUGAGAGAACCAAGGCUUUCGACCUUGGUCACAUGGAGGCGGUGUUCAAGGCUAUCGCGGAAUUUCACGCAAUUUCUUUCGCCUAUCGUCACAAAGCAUCCGAGGAUGAGUUCGAGAAGAUGACGAAACCUUUGUAUAAUAUCUGGUUGAUUAUCACGAAAGCUGAGUACUUCCCGGAGAUGAUCAAGGAGUGUUACGAGGGGUUUUUGAAGAAAGUGGGGCCGGAAUUGAGAGGGAAGAUUGGGGGAAAGCUCGAGAAGUAUAUCAAUGGACUGGCGACGGUGUUCAAUGAGUGCGCGGAAUAUACAGGGGAACAUCCUGUGCUGCGCCAUGGAGAUUGUUGGAGCAGUAAUUGUAUGUUCAUAUAUAAUCAGAAAUCCCAGGAAAUCUCGGAAAUCAAGAUAAUCGACUUCCAAGUCGCAACAAGAGGCAGUCCAGUGCAUGAUUUAUCCUACUGUUUCUAUAGCGGCGCUUCCAAAGAAGUGCUGCAGAACUUCGAGAAUCUGCUGCGCAUAUACCACGACACAUUAUCGACAGCGCUGAAAGCAUACGGCUGCGCAGUAGACGAAAUAUACCCCAUGCGCACCCUGAAGGACGAAUGGACCAAGUACUCCAAAUAUGGGUUGAUAUUGAGCACCAUGAUUUGGAGGAUUAGAUCAACAGCCGUCGAAGAUUCCGCCGAUUUGAACAAAUUGGUGGACAACGAUAUGACAGAAAGGAAGAGGCCAAUAAAUAUCAACAAGGAAAAGUUCUCGCAAGCACUGAGUGAUAUGAUAAUGCACGCGUACGAAAACGAUGCUUUGUGAUUUUGUUCACAAGCUGCCCAACGGUUUUUGAAACCGAUUCAACUGAGGAAAUGUGAAAUAUUUCGAGACAACAUCGUCUUCUCCAGAAUAUUGGACCGAUGUUUUCGUACCACCCUGUCUGUAGGCCUGCUUCAAUAUAAUACUUAUAUAUGUAUAACUUUCAACGCAGUUGUUACAUGCUUCCAAUGUCGUAUUAGCAAAAUGUUUGUUUGUACAUGUAUACAGAGUGAGUCAGUUUUUUUGUAGCAGGACUUUAACAGCUGAGAGAAGACAAUUUUUUAAGAUGUAAAUUCUUUGUGAACCUAAUAUGUGCAAGGGAGCUUCGUUUCCGAUAUACAGGGUUUCGAAGUUUGAGAUUUUUUUGUGUUUUCCAAUUUUCUCCUACAAUUUACAGAAUCAUGAAUUGAAAUUUGGUACAUCUAUCACACUUUGUAAUACAUGUUUUUCACCUCUAGCAAUAUAUUUCAAUCAAAUCAGUUCUGUGGACCUAUGUCACUGUGAAAGCACUUCUUUUCAAUGCUUAUUAAAAUCUAGUCACCAUAUGACAGCAUAUGACAAAUAGUUAUUGAUAUAAAUACCAGGAAUAACGUAUCAGAACAGUGAAUUCGGGUUAAUUAUAACAGAGUUGGCCUUGUCUUUAUUGGCUAGUGGUCCAUAAAAUGACAAGAACCUACCAAUUCUAUAGCUAGUAUAGUGGACAAAAAUUUUAAACCAUCAGUAGUAAUUCACUGUUCGAUUGAUUUGUACCUAUACGUUAUCCAUUGAAUAAAUAUUGAUAAUGAUCAUAAAA